AAGCGCCCUUUAUCUAUCAAACACGCGAGCUGAUCAGAUAAUAUUUUCAAAAGGGCAAAGGAAAGUCCCCCGUUAGGGUUUGUUCCUGUGAUCGCGGCUCAGCUUCCUCCUAGCCAUGGCUAUGCAAGCGGGUUUCGGCGUCUCCCGAAUACUGAUUUUAGUCGGCGCAGGUUAUACGGGGACUGUGUUGUUGAAGAACGGUAAAUUAUCUGAUGUGUUAACCGAACUUCAGCAUUUGAUAAAAAGGUAUGAGAAAGAUGGGGAAACAGAAGGUGAUUCUGAUGCUAUGGCUGUACAGAUCCGUCGAUUGGCAAUGGAGGUUCGACAGUUGGCAUCUGCUCGCCCAAUUACCGUCCUUAAUGGUGGUUCUGGACAGAAUGCCUUAGCAGCUCUGGUGCCUGCUGCUGCUUUGGGUGCCUUGGGUUAUGGGUACAUGUGGUGGAAGGGCAUUUCAUUCUCAGACCUCAUGUAUGUGACAAAGCGUAAUAUGGCAGCCGCCGUGGAGAACUUGACAAAGCAUCUGGAGCAUGUGUCUGAUGCUCUCGCUGCAGCAAAGAAGCACUUGACUCAGAGAAUUGAGAACUUGGAUGGUAAACUGGAUGAGCAAGUGGAGAUGUCAAAAUUAAUUAGAAGCGAGGUUACAGAUGUUCGUGGUGAUCUUUCGCAAAUUAACUAUGAUUUGGAUGAAUUGCAGAGGAUGGUUGCUGGUUUGGAUGGCAAACUUCUUUCCAUGGAAGCCAAGCAGGAACUUGCAAAUACUGGAGUUUUGUAUUUGUGCAGCGUUGUUAAUGGGAAAAGGGUAAAAAUGCCAGACAGGCUCCAGGAUCAACUCAAAGUUGUUGGCAACUCAGUUCCCAGUCUCAUGGGUCUUAAAGAUGUUGUAGAUACAGUGGAAUCUGCAAACAACAAUAGGUUGAUUAUUGAUGGUGCUUCACGAGAUGGGUUGGAUAAAUUGAAUGACCAGAAACCCAGAAGCUUGACGAGGAUGGGUUCGAUAAGGUGUUGAUGAGAAGCAUAUUCUAUCCUGGUUUAAGGAACCGCUUCGUGGUGACUUGUUUGUAUUUUGGUGUGGCCAUGGAAGAGAGAACGUCGAAUAAUGCAGCAUCGGGUUAUUUUAGACUUGGAAGUUUGUUAUUAAACCCGGGGAGCUUUAUGAUUUUGUUUAUAUUUCUACUUCUUCUUCGAUGUACAUGUCCUUUUCCUAGCGUCGGAAGUGCUGGUUUUUUCCCUUCCCCUGGUCAAUGACAUGUAUUUCCUGCAUUACUUCUAGUACAUUUUAAACAUAACUGUCACAUCUCAAUGUUUAUAUUAGAAAUCACGAACUGCAAGUGAAAAGGGUUGAAUUCAUCUCGAAGACAAUCAAUAUCCUGCGAGGUUUUUCUUUUAA